UAAUAUGUCUUCCCUCUUAAACACUAGUUUGUUAUUUGUGUAACGCAAAUAUUCUACAUGGUGUCAGAAUAAAACUUAAAAAGCUGUCCAGACAAAGGUUUUUAUUAAUCUAAUAAUGGCUUCUUUUUAUUUUGAGCAACCAAUCUUGAAUUGGAAUGCUAAAGAUCUGUAUCAAGAGUUUUUAAGGUUUCAACAGCAGGUGAGCUUUUGUUUCAAAGGACCGUUAGCUGGUGCCGAUAGUAAACAAAAAGCCGGAUGGCUGGGAAUGUGGAUAGGUCAACAAGGCCGUGAAGUUUACAAAAUUCUAAAUAUUACUGAUAGUGAAGAGGGAGAUCCGCAAUUUCUAUUAAAGAAAAUAGAAGACUACAUAAGGCCAAGACAAAAUAAAAGAGCGUCUAGAUUUAGAGCACAUCAGAGAAAGCAGGUAGAAGGAGAAAGUUUUGAUAACUUUGUUAAAGACCUAAAGCUUCUCAUUAUGGACUGUGAGUAUGACAACCCAGACGAUAUGCUUAUUGAUUUGAUUAUUAGUGGAGUCAUACACGAAAAGGUACAAUUAAGACUACUUGACCAGGGACAGAAGUUGACCCUUAGCAAGGCUAUAGAAAUUGGACAACAAUAUGAGAUGUCACAAAGCCAAGUGAAAAUGUUUAGGGGCCAAGAAGUUCUAUCAAUCAAGAGACAGUCACACAAUGUACUCAAGCAGAAGUCUAAAGAAAACUCAGAUAAAUUAUGUAGUAAAUGCGGCAAGAACCAUGAAAAGGGAAAAUGUCCAGCAAUAGGAACCACAUGCAAUUUCUGCAAGAAGAAAAACCACUGGUUUCAAAUGUGCAGAAAAAGACGCAACGUCAAUCUAGUAGAAGAUGACAGUCACAGUGAUGAAAAUAUUAUACCUGUUAGCACUGCAAGUAGCCAGUAUAAAAAGGGUAAUAUUGAGAAUAUCAAUGUCUUUGAAGACAAGUGGACUGUAAAACUAGUCGUGCAUGGCAAGACAUUAAUUUUUCGUAUCGACACUGGUGCAAGAUGUAACAUUCUUGUCAAGUCAGAGUUUGAAAAGCUCAAAGACAAAGUAAAACUUGCUUAUUCAGCAAAGUCGCUCAAGUCUUACUCUAAUCAUGUUAUUAAGACUUUAGGAGCAGUAGUGCUACCUUUGAAAAAUAAUAUCCAAGAGGUGAAAGCAAGGUUUGAGGUAGUAGACAUUAACCAAGAGAACAUUUUGAGUGGUGACACAGCAGAAUGUUUAGGACUACUACAACGGAUAGACAGCAUAGAAUCCAAGGCAGAAGACGAGUUACAAAGAGAGUUUCCUGAAAUGCUGAAAACAACUGGAACACUGCCAGGAGAAUACAAGAUUCAGUUACAGGAAAAUGCUAAAGGAGUUAUCCAUCCACCACGUCGCUUAGCAGCAUCGCUGCGCAAUAAAGUUGAAGAAAAACUUAAAGAAAUGCAAGCUGAUGGAUUUAUUACUCCAGUACAUGAACCUACUGAAUGGGUUAGCUCCAUGGUUGUUUUGUUCAGGAAUGACAAAGUGAGAAUAUGUAUUGAUCCAAAAGAUCUCAAUAAAGCAAUCAGACGGGAACAUCACCCAAUGAAAACUAUUGAAGAUGUGAUCACUAAUAUUCCAGAUUCGAAGAUAUUCUCAGUUCUCGAUGCCAAGUCAGGGUUUAUGCAAAUAAAGCUUGAUAGAGAAUCUUCAUUUCUCACAACUUUCAACACACCUCUGGGAAGAUAUAGAUGGUUACGAUUACCUUUUGGAAUCAAAUCAGCGCCAGAAAUUUACCAAAGAAUUAUGGAUGAAAUGCUUCAAGGAAUUGAAGGAGCAUAUGUCAUCAUAGACGACAUUCUAGUAGCUGGUAGAGAUGUUGAGCAUCAUGAUCACAUUUUGAAACAAGUCAUGCAAAGAGCAACGGAGUACAAUCUAAAGCUGAACUAUGAUAAGUGCAAGAUAAGGCAAAACAGAGUACCUUAUAUGGGCCAUAUCUUGUCAGAGAAAGGUUUAGAACCAGAUCCAGCAAAGAUAAAGGCAAUUAUUGACAUGCCAGCUCCUCAAGACAAAGAUGGAAUCAGAAGAUUUCUAGGUUUAAUUCAGUACCUAGCAAAAUUUAUUCCUAAUCUAAGUCAAGCAGAUGCUCCAAUACGAAAGCUUCUAAAAGAUGAUAUAGAAUUUCAAUGGAAUCAUGAACAAAACAAGAGUUUCAAAGAAUUGAAACAUUUUUGUACAAACCCUCCAGUUUUGUCAUAUUAUAAUGUCAACAAGAACGUAGAGAUAGAAUGUGAUGCAAGUAAAGAUGGACUGGGAGCAGUAUUACUCCAGGAAGGCCGUAUAAUUGCAUACGCAUCAAGAGCUCUCACAGAUACAGAAACAAGAUAUGCUCAGAUUGAGAAGGAAAUGCUCUCAAUUGUGUAUAGUACAAGCAAAUUUCACUGCUACAUAUUUGGUAAGGAAGUAACAGUUUAUAAUGAUCACAAACCUCUGGAGCAAAUCUUCAAGAAACCUCUAUUGUCAGCACCAAUGAGAAUACAGAAGAUGUUAAUAAGACUACAGUGGUAUGAUCUGAAAGUCUGUUAUAGAAAAGGCAAGGAAAUGUUUAUCUCCGAUACACUUUCUCGUGCACAUCUACCAAAUACUGAUACACAGACAUGUGAAUUUACAGAUGAUUCAGUGCAUAUGAUCUCUGUAAGUGAUUCGAAAUACAGUGAAAUUAAAGACUGUACAAGCAAGGAACUUUCAAUGCUUCUGGAAGUAAUUAUGACUGGUUGGCCAGACACAAGAAGCGAGACUCCAAUUGAAGUCAGGCCAUAUUGGGAUUCAAGAGACCAGUUAUCAACUUCGGAUGGUAUUAUAUACAAAGGUCUGAGAAUAGUCAUGCCACCAAGCUUACGUAAAUACAUGCUAAAUCUGAUUCACAAGUCUCACUUAGGAAUAGUCAAGUGUAAGCAGAGAGCCAGAGAAGUCAUGUAUUGGCCAGGCAUGAAUGCAGACAUUGAAGUGACAGUUAGGGAUUGUGGCAGGUGUGCUGAACAUCAGAAUCAAAAUGUGUCAGAACCGCUAAUGCCUACCAAGACACCAGACCUUCCAUACAGCAUGGUUGGGUGUGAUCUGUUUAACUUUGAGGGUAAAAAGUAUGUGCUUCUAGUUGACUACUUCUCAAAGUUUAUUGAUGUCAAAGAACUGUCACAGGAAACUACAUCAGAUAUCAUCGAAGCAAUGAAGAGUAUAUUCGCAUGCCAUGGAAUACCUAGAAAGUUAAGGUCAGAUAGCGGGCCACAGUUGGCUUCAAGGGAAUUCCUGAACUUCUGUAAAUCAUACGGAAUAGAGCAUGAAAUGUCGAGUCCUCAUUUUCAGAGUUCUAAUGGUGAGGCUGAAAGAGCUAUUCAGACUGUGAAGAAACUGUGGAAGAAAAGCGAAGACAAAUUUCUGUCGCUAUUAGACUACAGAACUACUCCACUGAGUAAUAUUAAUUUGUCGCCAGCACAAUUACUCAUGGGACGCCGACCCAGAAAUUUGUUACCUUCUAGCGAGGAAAUACUCACACCUAAGACACCAGAUCUCAAGGUGGUGAAGAAACACUUUGACUCCGAGAAACAGUCUCAGAAACAUUAUUAUGAUAAGAGGAAAGGAGUUAAGAGUCAUAAUCCACCACAAGACGGAACGGCAGUCAGAAUGCAACUUAAUUCUAAGUGGAAACCAGGAACAGUAGUUUCGAAGCAUUCUAAGCCUAGAUCAUAUAAUGUCAAAAGUGGAAAUAAGGUCUACAGAAGAAACAGAAAACACAUCAGAAAGUCUUCUGAGAAAGCAAACAGAUUUGACAACAAUUAUGACUUUCCAGAUGACAUCUCAGAACAACCAGAACCACUAGAUCUAGAGAGUCCAAGAUUACAAACUACACUAGAUUUUGAGCCGCCACUACACACUGCUUCUUCUAACACCUCUAGACCACAUGAACCUUACGUAACACGCUCAGGCAGAAUAGUUAACAAACCCAAGAGACUUGAUUUGUGAAUUGACUUUUUAGUUGACUAGUUUGUUAGUUAUUCUGAUAAAUAGAUUUUCUGAAUUAAAGAAGAGAGAUGUAACAUAAUAGUAUUAUAUGUACAUUUGCACACUAGCGCGUCAGUGCAACACCGCUUGUGUUUACGUAAUAAAUGGAGUUCCUAAUAUGUCUUCCCUCUUAAACACUAGUUUGUUAUUUGUGUAACGCAAAUAUUCUACACACACACUUUUUCAACACAAGCAGACAGACAAUGUUAAACAACAUAUCACAUCCAGUCAUCGUCAAGAAAUCACUGUUUAUGCAGCAAUCCUCUAGAAUCUAGACACUUUUUACAUCUGUCAGACAAAGAACAGAUGUCAGACAUUAUCAGAUCUGCGUGCUUACAUUUCAAAAGAAGCUUCAUGAGAAAAAAUUUCUGUAGAUUGUCUACAAUCCAAGAACAGCUUGAAUCGUGGGUUUCAAACUAGAGUGACAAGCUGUAUUGGCGAAUCACAGUUAACGACUCAUACACUGCGAAAGACAAUAUGCCUAUUACAGUAAAGAAAAUGCCGACCACUUAGAAAAGAAAAGAAUCAUGAUAAUCUACGACUAUUAUCGUAUGUCCAUGAUAACCUCAAACAUAUUGUCUUAUUAUAAAUGUUACCGGUAAAGUACAAGAUCCUGUAUUUUGUUAAAACAUAACACGUAAAGUUUACCUCAGAAACGUUGCUUUUAUUUACUAAUUGAAUUAUAAAGGAAGCA